CGGUGGAAUGGAGGUUGUUUGCAGACGGCUCAGUUUGAAAUCUCCGGCGUGAAGUCUCCCAGUUUACUAGUUUGCCUCAUGAGAUUAUCUGUUUAAUGUUUGUAUCAAUUGCACUGCUUUUCAAUACAAGAGAAACCAUCUCUUUGUGUGACAAGAAAGAUGAACAAUGAUGUGAAUAAUGAGAAGAAUUCUGACAAAGCAGGGUCUGAAAAGAAGUUCAUCCAAAUUUCUCCUGAGUCCAUUCAGCUCAUUGCUGAUUCAGCUGGGUAUCCAAAUGUACCAUCAAUUCUUUCAAAAAGUCUUGCUGAAGAUACUUCGUAUAGAUUGAGGGAAUUAAUACAGAGCUGCAGUCAGAUUUUACGUCACAGCAAACGAUCUAAACUAACCAAGGAUGAUGUUAACCUUGCCCUUCGUUGGAGUGAUGUUCCACAAGUUCAUGGACCCAAUUCUACUCCAGAGGAUUUUUUGUAUUUACCAGAGUUUGAUAUUUACAGUUCUUUAGACAGAGUAGUGGAACUCACACAGGAAUAUCCCAUUGAAACAGAUGUAGAAGUUUACUCUCCUAUGAAAUUGACAAUCCAGUAUCUUGCUUUAGAUUCUGAAGACAAACUACAACCAGAGAUUUAUUUUCAAUACUUUGAGAAAAUUUCUCAGUCUUUACUUAGCACUUCAGAAUAUGUUGUUAAGGUGGCUUUGGCCAACUUGCGUGAGAAUCCCAAACUGCAGCCCUUGAUGCCUACCCUUUCUGGGUUUUUAAGAAAUUUAGUUGGGUUCACCAGUGAAAAUUCUCAUGUUGUCAGAAGGAUUCCCAGAAUUUUCAAUGCACUGUUGAACAAUCCUCAUCUUCACAUUGGAUCAGAGCAGGAAUGUUUCCUUCAGUUGAUACAAGAUCUUAUUUUGAAUCAUGGAGGAGAGAAAUUAGACGACAGCAUCUUCCAGCUGAUCUCUAGCAUUUUACACAUUCUAGCCAAAUUGUCAAUCGAUGGCUCAGUCCAAGACGUUGUUCAAAACUUGAAACGUGUCAUUGCUGACGCUGAUCGUCACAUCAGUGUGCAAUGUAGGGCAUUGAUGGCCUUAAGGUGCCUAAGCAGUAAUUAUCUGGAUAUUGCCACUGCGGAACAUUGGAAUGCCUUAUUAAAUAAACUUUAUGGAAUGGCCGAAAGUGACAAGGAUGUCCUCUACCUGGAAGAUGCUUUAAUUAGUGCUGUCAUUGAUGUCCUGCGCUACAAGAUGAGAAUAUUGGAGGAAACCGCAGACGCAGAUAAAAGCAGUUUGAUGCCAGAGCAGUUAUGGAAUAAGGGAUGGGAAAUUUAUCGACUAACCAGUGAACUGAUGGGCUCAUCGGUACUUCGCAUCGGUCAUUUUCCAUUAUCACUUUGCCAGCAAGUUCAGAGAGAUCGUGCCGAGAAAGUUGGUGAUUCCUGUGAUGAACUCUACUGGACUUUAAAGACACUGCAUAAGCCUGUACCUCAGUCCAGAUGGCGAUACAACCUCAACGGAAAACCUCACGAUCCGCCAGUACCUAUCGAUCUCUUUGAUGUCUUUGAUUAUUCUGACAGGAACCCUCUUCGAAUGGCUAACAUAAAUCUCCGUGUCAGAAACUGGAAACAACGACCUGUGCAAUUGUUGAAGAAAAAGGUAUCGCCCUGCGUUAAGGGAUCACCUUCCAACUUUGCCAUUUUAUCUAAUUCAAAGUUCAAAUGUUUGUCAAAGUGUUUUCUCGCCAACUCAACGUUGUUUUUCUACAAUCCGGUUGAUUUAAUUUUGUAAAAAUGUUCGUUCGGAAUUCAUCCCGCAAAAAAUUGUUACAUAGGAAAAAAUAUGGUUCUCAAUGUUUCACGAAUAUAAAGUGUCGGAAUUGUAGGUUAUUUCAGCUAUGAAUUGCGUUGUAAAUUAAAUUAACAUAAACAUUUGAGAAUAAAAAUUCCUCACAGAACAAAA